CGGUGUCUGAUGUCAGUAGGAAGCGCCAUACAUUUGCAACGUUUUUCUACUGUAAAGUUUUGGAGUCUUACCAAAUGAAUACAAGCACAUUUGAAUUAAUUAUUUAAACACAUACUGGACAAAUGGGGUAACCAACCCAUCUUCUGGAAAGCUACUGAGUGUGCUGGUUUUUACAAUAGCCCUACCUGAAUUCACUGGAUUUAGCCAAUCCUGACCUCAAGUCAAAUGGAUGACAUCAACCUACACUACAGGUUCCUGAACUGGAGGAGGAGGAUCAGAGACGUGCGUGCUGUACGCUUUCAGGAGCGCUACAAAAGAAUGCUGAAGAAUGGAGACACACUCAGCUAUCAAGGGAACUCUGAUGAGGUUGGCUGCUAUGUGGCUCCCCGUCCCUUAUCAAAGGGAAACUGCUACUUUGAGGUGACCAUAAUGGACACAGGGGUGAGAGGGACGAUAGCAGUAGGCCUGGUGCCACAGUUCUACAAGCUGGACCAUCAGCCAGGCUGGCUGCCACAGUCUGUAGCCUACCACGCUGAUGACGGCAAGCUGUACGAUGGGAACCCUGUGGGCCAGCAGUUUGGGCCCAAAUGCAACCGUGGUGACACGAUUGGCUGUGGAAUAUACUGUGAUACCAUCGAGGCUGGGUUGACCACGGUCUUUUUCACCAAGAAUGGCAAAGAGGUGGGCUCAUUGGUGUUCCCUGCAGCGGCGGAGGGCAUGUUCCCAGCAAUCGGGAUGCACUCUCUGGGAGAGGAAGUGAGGCUGGACCUCCAGGCAGAGUGGGACAUGGAGGAGGCCGACAGCAUCAUGAUGGUGGACAGCCACGAGGACGACUGGGGACGUCUCUACGACAUCAGGGUCACUGGCACGCAGCUCCUGGAGUACGUUGGGAAGGGGAAGAGCAUCCUGGACGUGGGUCUGGCCCAGGCCAGGCAGCCCCUCAGCACACGCUGCCACUACUUUGAGGUGGAGAUAGUGGACGCUGGAGAGAAGUGCUACAUCGCCCUGGGCCUGGCCAGAAGGGACUACCCCAAGAACAGACACCCGGGCUGGAGCCAAGGCUCAGUGGCUUAUCACGCAGAUGAUGGGAAGAUCUUCCAUGGUAGUGGGGUUGGGGAGCCGUUUGGUCCUCGCUGUAUCGAGGGUGACAUCAUGGGCUGUGGCAUCAUGUUCCCACGGGACUACAUAUUGGAUGGUGAAGAUGACAUAGAUGAGUGGGACCCUUUGGAGGUGCUGCCAAGGCAGGGCGAGGGGCGCAUCCAGAACAUUCUGUACCUGAAUGAUGAGGAGGAGGAGGAGGAGGAAGAAGAGGGGGGCGAACUGGACCAGGAGCAUGACGGCAGGAAGGUCAUGGUUUUCUUCACACGGAACGGGAAGCUGAUGGGUCGCCGUGAGGUGGUGGUGCCCCCAGGGGGGUUCUACCCCACCGUGGGGAUGCUGAGCAGCGGAGAAAAGGUCAAGGUAGACCUGCACCCCCUCAGUGGAUGAACCUGACCAGCCUGCAUCCUCUUAGUGGAUACGAUGAGUCCAGAAACCGAACACUGCACCCUGUCAUCGCCUGACCAGUGACCACAUCAAGCCUUACUGGGGAUCAGCGUAGUGAAACUAGGGCAGGGAUUCAUUCCGUGGCGUUCUAUAACUGACUUUUAAAGGUAUUUUAUGCUUGAGCGUUUACCAUUUAUUUGAUCUCUGCAAACGCCUGGGAAAGUGCUGUUAAAAGGCAUAUUGUGGGCUGUAUAAAAUGCUACCCUGUAACACAACUUGAAUAGAAUCCCAGCCUUAGUCACAACCAUCAGGACUCACUGUGGCAAAAAUAUAUAUAUAUACACUGAUGCAGUGAAAUGUGUUGUUUUACAGCGUCAGCAAUAGUAGUUUGGCAAAUUAGGGUAAAGUGCCUUGCUCAAGGGAACAUAGAUUUUUUUUUUUCUCACAUUGUUGUCUCGGGUAUUCGAGCCAGCGACUCCUAAAACUACCAUCAGGACUGACUGUGGCAACAAUACCAUCAGGACUGACUGUGGCAACAAUACCAUCAGGAUUCACUGUGGCAACAAUACCAUCAGGAUUCACUGUGGCAACAAUACCAUCAGGAUUCACUGUGGCAACAAUACCAUCAGGAUUCACUGUGGCAACAAUACCAUCAGGAUUCACUGUGGCAACAAUACCAUCAGGAUUCACUGUGGCAACAAUACCAUCAGGAUUCACUGUGGCAACAAUACCAUCAGGAUUCACUGUGGCAACAAUACCAUCAGGAUUCACUGUGGCUAAACUAAAGGCUUAGCGUGAGACCGAGUUGUUGGAUAAUUCUGUGCAAUUUGUUGUUUUAUCAUUUUUCAUCAAGCCACAUUUUUCCCCCCUGUCAAAGCAAAUAGUCAGCCCUGCCUGGUCCUGGGCUCUGAAACAGUGGAGCCCCUAAAAUGUCUCUCAUGAGGUCUACUGGCACACUUUGUUGAUUUCAUUUGUCAUGGCCCCAAACAUAGCAAUGCAUGUCCAACAGAGUCCGAGAGCCUGCUGGCAGUUCAUGUUAUAGGCACUAGUCCGUGAGUAGUGCUCUCCUGUGAGCACUGGAAGUUGCUGCUUCCCAAAUGGCACCCUAUCCUUUAUAUAGUGCACUACUUUUGACUAGUGCCCAAUUUGCCCUGGACAUAAAAUAAUGCACUAUAUAGGGAAUAGGGUGACAUUUUGGGACGCCGGUAGAUUCUGUGUGUGAUUGAGUGAGUAGUACCCUCCCGUGAGUGCUCACUAACCUGCCUCCUGGAGCUCAGCUGAGCUUGAUAGGCCCCAGAUCUGUUAGUACUUUAUAGCCAACUCUUAUGGUCAUUGUCAUGCCAAACACAGAUUUGGGGCUGGGCUAGGUGGGAGUAAAAACGAUAUUCUCCAUAUCAGAUGAAUGGCAUCCUGGUAUCAAGUAACCCCUUAUCAAAGACUGGAAAUUAUGUUAAUGUGUGAAUAUACACGACAUGGUAUGUGGACAAAAGUAUAUGGACAGUCGUUGAAAUGAGUGGAUUUGACCAUUUCAGCCAGAACCGUUGCUGACAGGUGUAUACAAUCGAGCACACAAUCGAGCCUGCUUCCAACUUUGUGGCAACAGUUUAGGGAAGGCCCUUUCCUGUUUCAGCAUGUCAAUGCCCCCGUGCACAAAGCAAGGUCCAUACAGAAAUGGUUUGUCGAGAUCUGUGUGGAAGAACUUGACUGGCCUGCACAGAGCCCUGACCUCAAUCCCAUCGAACGCCUUUGGGAUGAAUUGGAACGCAUACUGCGAGCCAGGCCUACUCGCCCAACAUCAUUACCCGACCUCACUAAUACUCUUGUGGCUGAAUGGAAGCAAGCCCCAUCAGCAAAGUUCCCAGAAGAGUGGAGGCCGUUAUAGCAGCAAAGGGGGGACCAACUCCAUAUUAAUGCCAAUGAUUUUAGAAUGAGGUGUUCGACGAGCAGGUGUCCAUAUACUUUUGGCCACGUAGCGUAUGUAUAUAUUCUAUGUCAUAUAUGUUUGACUGUAUAGAUUCAUAAUCUCCUAUAUAUUUUCCUAGAUUUCUCUCUACAUGGAAUUCUAUAACUGAAGACAUGGGAGAGAGAUUGUUGGCUUUUUGUAAUAGGGGGGGAUGGGUGGUGAGGGUUUAGUUAAAAAUCCCAAGCACUUUUUAAGUGUACUCUCUCCACUCCCAGUGUAAUUUACAAGCGGUUACUUUUUGCCUAAUUAUAUGUUCCGAUUCAUUUUUCAUGAACAUAUUUUGGUUGAGGAUAAUAGAUCAACUGCACACAAGAUCAUCAAUAUGUCGACAAUGUCUUCUGCAACAGUAUACUUUUGUCACAAGCACGUUAGAAAUGGUUGAGUCGGGUGGUGUCUGUCGUACACAGUAGAACCAGCAGAGUGCGAUCAGCAUCCUGUUCAGUCCAAUCUGAGAGGAAUGUUUGUUUGUUGUCCCAAAUGGCACCCUAUUCCAUACAUAGUGCACAAUUUAUUUAUUUUUACCAGGGCCCACUGGUCAAAAGUAGUGCGCUAUGUAGGGAAUAGGGUGCCAUUUGGGACUGAGUCUGUCUCAAUGUAUACAGAGGAAGAGACGGCGCGCUUGUCAUUUGUUCAUAAGGUUUAAGAGACUUGUUCCGAUCUAUGCCAAAUGUUUAAGGAUUCUGAUCAAUCCACCAUAUUGCAUUUCUAUUUGUAUGAUUUAACUCGCCAUGAGAUGCUUCUGUGUACAUCCCAAAUUGCACCUUAUUCCCUAUAUAGCGCACUAUUUUCGACCAGAGCACUAUAGUCCCUGGUCAAAAGUAGUGCACUAUAAAGGGAAUAAGGUGCCAUUUGGGACAUUGUCUGUCACCUGGACGUGCCUCAUUCCCUUGAUAUUGACACAAUCCCACACAGCAGCACCUCUGUAGUCACGGUUCAGGCAUCAUGAAGACCAUAGACAUGCUUAUUCAUAGAUGACAUACAAGCACGAGAAAGAAGGCUGUACUUGUAUCUCAAUUACGGUUGCAAAAUUGUAACUUUCCAAUAAUUCUCAGGUUUUCCAGAAAUCGUGGUUGGAGGAUUCUGGAUUUCCUGCGUAUUCCCUCCUAAACCUUCCGGACAGGAUUGAUGGGAAACCUGGGAAUUUUGGGGAAAUUAUCAGAAUUUGGCAACCAAAUGUAUUUACCUCAAUGUAAAUGUUAGCACCUUGCCUACUUCCAGGAAGGCUGUCUUACUAAUUAAUAUAUGCAUUAAAAGGUAGUUAUUUCCAUA